AUGCGGCUAACACAUGGCGUUCUAAGCACUGAAGGCAGUGAUGUUAUUCCACCCGUAGGAAUAUUCACGAUGUUUGAUGCUCCUGAAUUCUUGGACCGCGAUGCUUCUCAAUUCUCGACUUUCGCACAAACUUGGUACGGAAAUUCACCUUUACUCAAGCUAGUGACUAAGGCUAGUCAGCGCAGGCCCAGAUCCCAUGACAAUCAUUAUCUGAUGGACUACCAACCAAUUGGAAAUUCAGCGCAGACUGAAGUCAUAGCAACCUUUGUGCAUGAACUCGAAGAACGCCUUGGCAUCAAGAGAAUGGAGAUCUCGCUCACAGAAGAAUAG